CCGUUCUCGUGUGGGCCGCGACGUGGUGACCGCAUCGCCAGCACGGGAGCUUGGACACCCUCGAUCUCCAAUCCAAACAAACAUCCCCACCGCUUCACCCACGCGCCUAUCCCACCACAACGCCUCACCACACACCGCAUUUCGCUCCCGCCGCAUCUUGCUUACUCCACGACCUCCGAAUACCUCAACCAAUCUACCUCACCCUAUUCUUAAACCCCAUCCUCGACCCACCAGCACCCCGCGCGCGUCUCGCCCAACACCCCCAGGCAUAGCAACCGCGCCCGACAAAGCAUGCGCCCCCCGUAAUCCCACCACCAGAGGCGCGAGAUAGAUAAUGACGACGCGGCCCGAUGCCCCGCUGCGGCGCGCAGACCAACCUCUUUUUGCGGCGAGGAAGCGCGAGCCGAAAUACUUUGCUCUCGGCACUGCUGGUGCUUCCACGGCGGCUGGCGCGCCCGGUGCGCCCACGACUACGACUACAGCUACGAAUCCAAACACGAAUACACACGCGCGCGCCCAGAGCUAUGCCGAGCCCGCGACGACGCUACGAGGCGCAUGGGAGCGCGCUGCCCUCGAAGAUGGUGUGGGGGAGGGGAGUCCGAGUCCUGCUGCGAGGCGGCGGAGUGGUCCAACUGCCAUACCCAGAGCCACAGCGGAGAGUCGACGCGAUAGGGAUAAUGACGGGCGGGGUCUGGAUCUCUGGCGGCGGAGCGCGGGGAGUCCGGCUGUGGGAGGGGGGAGCACGACGGGGAGCGAGAGCGGGAGUCUGACGGGGACGGAUGAGGGAGAUGAGUUUGAUAGGAAGAUGGGGAGGUUUGCGAGGGAUGAGGAGAGGGCGAGACGGUUGGUUGGGGGGGGGGGGAUUUUUGCGAGGAGGGGUAAUAGUGUGGGCGGGGGGGUGAAGGGGGUGGUGGAGGAGAAGGAGCCGGGGGUGAGGAUACCGGCGCAGUGGGGGAGGAGGGCGAGGAAAUCGGAUAAGUGGAUGCAGAGGAUUGUGUCGCCGGAGUCGUCGGGGGAGGUUGAUGAGCCGCUGAAGAAGGAGGGGGGGGGUACGAUUAACUGGGCAGAGGCGGCCGCGGAUACACCACUGCCGACUGUGGAGGGGGAGGCUGGACAGCAACAGUUGACGCCGCCGCGGUCCAGGCCUGCGUCAGCACAGCCUGAGAAAUCAGCGGUGUGGGAUGCGGACUUGGAUUUCACGGCUACGUCUUUGAUGGGGGGCGAGAGCCCGCAGUUGAGGAUACGGAAUACGAAGCUUGAUGAGGUGAGGGCGAGGGAGAGGGAGGGGAUGAGUAGGCAUGCGGUUGCGACGGCGCGGUUGGAAGAGAUAAGGGAGAGGCUUUCGGAGGAGAGGUCGAUGUCGCCGCAGGUGGAGAAAGCUGCUGUGAGGGAGCCUACGAGGAUCCCGUCGCCGGUUGUGAGGAAUCCAGCAUAUAGGAGGACGUCGACUGAGUCGUUUGAAAUUGUGGAAAGCGGGAAGUCAUUGGAGGCCGGCCCGGCAACAGAGCGCUUGUUUGGAGAGAUCAAAGGCACGAAGACGGAGCCGAAAGAAAUCCAACGGGGCAGGAGAUCGCGGUCUCGGGAACGACCUGGGGUAUCCAGAGCAUCGCCGUCAAGGACCACCCAGGAUGACCCCGACCAGUUCCACGAGAAGACAAUCCUCGAGGAAGAAGGCGAACAAAUCCCCGGGACCCCCAUCACCAUAUUCCGGAACACGGAGAGGCCACAAGAUGGCCACAAACGCGAAGACUCCUACGACACCCUCCGCCGUCUCGCCGCAAUUAGCAGCCCCAACCCAAGCCCCAUACCCUUAAAAUCCGAAGAAAAAGAAAACCAACCGCCAGAGGACACGCGACGACGGCGACCCAUUUCCCAAGCACCAGAGGAGAAGCGACAUAGCCGCUCAAGCAGUCUGCCGAAAUCCGAUAUUGACCCCGAGGAGCGCAUCGCGGCGGAGAAAGACCUCUUUGAGAUCCCGGAUAACAAGUCGGAGAGGAACUCUAUGCGCGAACCGUCGCCUGCGGAUGAGGAUGAGCUACCAGAACAGGAGACGCCGCGGCCGAGGCAGAAACAGAACCCCCUUACUAUGGCUACACCCGUCGUAACGGGAGCCUUCAUCGAGACGCCUGCCCCCACAGUCCGGCACUCCAGGAUCCGACCCCCUUCCCCCGCGCCAGAGACAGCAAAUCCAAAACCCGACACCAAACCCUCACAACCCAUACAACCCGCCAAACCCCAAUCCAAAGCACCCUCACCCCCUCGCCGCUCCUCAUCCACCUCCUCUCGCUCCACCUCCCGCUCACGAAACCCUCCCGCCUCCGAACCCUCCGCUCCAAACCCACAAAUCGAGCGCCUCAAACCCGCCCCUCGCGCUCCCCGCCCACGCCUCACUAACUCCGCCCCUCCACCGUCCGCAGCCGCAGACCUCCUCCGCAUCCAGCACGAGGCCGCCAUAGAAGAUAGCACUCUCGACGACCUCACGGAUCUGCUCUCCUCCUCUCCUCUCCCCACUGAACCACCUGUCCCGGUCCCAGACCGCGAUGAAAAGGGUCGGCCUCUCAGCGCUGGUGCGCGAGAGAGGAGGCUUAGCGAGCAGCAGCUUGUUAAGAUGGAGAGGGGGCUUAGUCAUGGGCUUGAGAGUAUUAGGGACGCGAAGCGGGGGAUCGAGAAGCUGGAGCAAGUUGUCUCGUCUGCGCCGCUUGCGGUGGCUAAAGAGGUUGUCGCUGUGCCAGGGGGGACAGCGGUAUGCGCACACUGCGCGUCGCAGAGUAGCGUGUACCACCUCACGAUCCCGCUUCCGCGGCUGUGGUUCCGGGACCGGUCGCGGAUGUCAGGGGUAAGGCUGACGUGGUUUGGGUUGCUGGUGCUGGUGGGAAUGAUGGUGUAUAUAGCGGAGUGCGUGGCGUAUGCUUGGAUUGGAAAGCCGGAGUUUGCGUCGGGGUGGGAUUAUGAUAUUAAUGGCCCGGCGUUUGGGUGGUCGCUUUUGAGGCUGGGAGAGAGGGCUGGGGGGUGGGUGUGGGGGAUUUGGACGGAGGGGAUGGGUGAGGAGGUGAGAGGGGGGAGGGGAGGAGGAGGAGGGAAGGUUAGGGGGGUGUGGGAGGAUGGGAGUAUGCUUGAAGAUGAGAUGCUGUGA